UUGGAUUUUUAGCUUAGGAAGAAGAAAAUCAUGUCGGCGUCGCGACAGAGUAAGAACGCUGGAAAUUCCAGACAAUGUAAAUCCGCUGCUUAUAGCUGGGAUCGUCGAUCAUUCGAGCAGCAUCGAACAAGGGUGAAUGAAAUUAGCCCAACGGUAAAUAUGAAGACACCAACCCAUCGCCCUCACAUUCGGUACAAUGCAAAACGUUGGCAAUUAGAACGGGAACGUCAAACUCAGAUUGCUCGAGAAAAUUUUAUUCUUUACAAACGUUUGACUGAAAUUAUGAGCGGUAAGCUUCAGCGCAAGUAUCCAAUCACGCAGCCAAAGUCCAGCUGUAUCAAAACUCGAUAA